GGCCAACACAAGUGGCAAGUGGCGUCUGAACCGUCUCUGAGUCUCCUUCUAAGUCGGCUCGACCUUACAAAUGGGUGCCCGGUGCAGCGUCUAACGUCCGCACCUGGCAGACGGAGAUGGCGCCACCCUCCCAUGUGGCACCCCGGCUUUGACGACGUUCACCCACAGCACCCGCCCCAAAUCUCUUAACAAGGCAACGUGGGCGUUUGGGGCUGGAGGGGGAUGGGAGAUCUGUGUCUUAGCACCUCGUCUGUCUGUGUGCGCGCGCGUGUGUGUUUCCAGAUAUAGACGAAUGCCUGGACGGCAACGGUUACUGUCAAAUGACCUGCCGGAACAGCGCGGGCUCCUACGCGUGCGCCUGCGAUCCUGGGUUUUCCCUACAGACUGACAACAGCACGUGCGCAGAUUUGAACGAGUGCAACGCCGCCAAUGGAGGUUGUGCGGAGUUUUGUACCAACACAUACGGCUCGUAUCACUGCUCGUGCAAGCCAGGCUCCGAGCUGGAAGCCAACAACCGUCUCUGCAAAGACAUUGACGAAUGCGCCGUCAACAACGGAGGCUGCGGGCAGAACUGCAAAAACACGGCGGGCAGCUUCGAGUGCUCGUGCAAUCCGGGCUACGCGAUGAUGUUCAACUCGGUCACGUGCUUGCCCUGCGGCGGCAAUUAUUCGGCACUGGAGGGAAGUCUCUCCUCGCCGGGCUACCCGUACGUGGGCUUCGGCACAAGCGAGCCUUGCGUGUGGAACAUCAGCGCACCCGACGGGUACAACCGCGUGAACCUCACCUGCCUCUCCGUGCGGUUCAACGACGUGGGCACGUGCGACGUGGGUUCCCUGACGGUGACCUCGCUGCCGUCAAGCACCCGGACUUGGUGCUCCACCCCGGCGUCCUCCUUCUUCGGCGGCAAGAGCAUGCUCCUGGAGUACUUUAACAACGCCACGGGCCCUGACACGGGCUUCCACUGCCACUACGCAGCCGCCUACAAAAAGACGCUCAUCAUGACGCCGGCUCGAGCCAACGUCGUCUCGCCCAACGACGCCGCGGGGUUUUACGUCAACAACGCGAAUCACACGUACAUCGUGCAGGCCCCCAGCACCAGCCGCAUCUGCCUGGAGUUCCUCAGCUUCAGCCUAGAGAGCACCUCCGACUGCAGCAAGGACUACGUGGCCGUGUACGACGGUGAACUGGUCACCGCUCCCCAGAUCGGAAAGUUCUGCGGGAGCUCGAUCCCGGCCAAAGUCAACUCGAGCGCCAACGGGAUGGUCAUCUCGUUCAUCUCAGACGGAGACACAGUGGACCGUGGCUUCAGUGGCAUCUACACCGCAAAGUCUGCAUUGAAUUUUGUCUGCUGAGAAGAUCUGUUCCACCAAUGUAUCGGGCAUGUUAUCCUACAGUUUUUCUGAUCAUCUCUUCUGCUUCCUAUUUAAAAAGCAUGCUGCUCGUGCCCUGCCUAACCGAACUGUUCAUAAAAACCCACUAUGCAUUUAGAAAACGAAAAAAAUAAACAGACCUCCGUUUGUCUCUCCACAUCAGAUUAAGCAUCAACACGUGGGCAUAUGGGCCAAUUUUAUCCGGCAUCAUUUGUAUAAACCAUGAUUCUCUCACAACUGAUGGUCCACUGUCCACGUGUGGCCAACCAAGAUAUUUGACCCAACAAGACCUCGCGGAUAAGUGAGCUGUAGACAAGUGGCAGGGAUUGCUGGUCACGUGUACAGAUUGUAUGACAUCACAACCUCGCGUGACGUCGUAACGUACGGCCACGUGACCCGCCAGUGUGGCGCACGUGUGACAACGGGACUGGACUCUCCCUCGGCAGUCCAGCAGUGCUACAUCAGCACAGGCGGAUUGUAUUACGUGGGCCACCGGCAAAAAUUAUAUAUACUUAAAUAACCUCGGUAUAAACGAAUUAUGGACUGGUUUUAAUCUUCUGGGUCUCAUCAGCAGAUUUUGGUUUGUCAAAACGAAUGCUGUAAGUCAUGGGUUCCCAGAUGUUGUUGACAAGAGCACUGCCAUCUACACAAUCGGGUCCUGUUCAACGCAAUAAAAGCAACUGGAUAACAAUUGAUUGUGUUGUUGUAGAACAAUAUGGGCUAUAAAAUACACAAGACCUCUAUUUGUGUCGCCACAACAGUGUGCUACAACAGCAUAAAAUAGUGUCGUGUGGAUUGCUUUAUAAAUUAACGUCCGUCUGUUAUGUACGUGAAUUAUAAAUGUACAGUAUAUAUAAUGUAAAGAGUUGAGAGAGAAUUAACAAUAAACAUGAUCCAAAAAAGA